AUAUAAGGACUACUGUUCUAUUUGACAUUUAUCUCAUUGAAUAGAAUUGGUUUGUAUGGCUUGCAUAUUUGCAGCAUAACAUUGAAUUAAACCAUGAAUGCAUUUUUUGAUGGCUUAAUAGCAGGAGUAUACUCCUGUUUUGCAUUAACUUCAAGUAUGUCCAGUUCCAAUGAGCAACUUGUGUCUGUAAUUGAAAGCACGAAAACCUUACCGUCUAAAAGUGUAAACUUCACAAAUUUGUUUGCAUUUUAUUAUACUUAAAGAGAUAGUUCACCCAAAAAUGAAAAUCCAGUCAUCAUUACUCACCCUCUUGUCAUUUCAAACCUGUAUGACUUUCUUUCGAAGAGCACAAAAAAUAUCGGUAUCUGGCCCCCAUUCAGUUGGAUUGGUUUUGUGUCCAUACAAUAGUGUGCCAGUGCUGUUCUUCAAAAUACCUUCUUUUGUGUUCUUAACUUAACUUGUGUUCAUAAAUGUUUGAAAUGAUCAAAUUUUCAUUUUAGGGUGAACUAUCACUUUAAACAGAAAUAGUGCAGACUUCUAUCUCAAAAUCAACUUUAUAACAUCCUAUAGUUAUCCUAAAAUUCCCCAAAUUAUAUAUUUCUAAUGUGGUCUUGAACUUUUUGAUUCCACUGUAUAUUUGUCCUUGUGACAGUGUCUCUUUCUAUUUUUCAAGCUGUGCUUAACAACAAAUGAAAAUCCUUGCAUAAAUCUCAAGACUAAUUGAAUUGACUCUAGACUGACUCAAUGCAUGAGCUCAAAGCCUCUCACGAGUUACCUAACCAGCAUCCUUGAGAUCAUGGAGAGACACAGGGACCACAUGACCACCCCACAGUGUGACCCCUGCAGGGCCUAAACACGUAUGUCACGAUAAACCCAUAGACUUCUUAAUCCUGUUGAUGGAUUACACCAAUGUUCUGGUCCUGUGUCGUUGACAGCGACGUGGGUUUAUUCCACCUGACCAAUCAGAGAAAGAGGAGCAGACAGUUAAUGCCGUUGUAUACACGUAAAUGUGUGUGUGUUCUGUCUCAUAUCGUCUGUUCCGUUCAAGCACUGCAGGCUGGAAAGAGUAAAUCUCGGAUAGUCGUUCUGAACUUUGAAGAUUGUUCUUUUCUUUCAAGUCUAAAUUCAAUCAUGUCCUUGCACUACAAAAUCUUCUCUUCGAUGAUCUGCCUUUUACUCAUGACAACAAUGUUUCCAGUGGUCCAGUUGCGUCGGGGCGGGGGCUUCGGGCGCGGUGGAGGCGGUCGAGGUGGCGCAUGGGGUGGUGGAAGCGCUGGUCGUGUAGGCUGGGGAGCAGGGGGUGGUCAUCCACACCACGCCCCACCUCCCCAUACCGGAGGCUCGUCUGGACACAGUACAGGAAAGGUAGUGGGGGCGGCUGCAGCUGGGGCGUUAGGAGGUAUGCUGGUCGGCCACGGUUUGAGCUCCAUGGCCCAGCCUGGGUAUGGACACGGGCAUGGGCACGGGUACGGAGGCUAUGGUCAUGGAGGGUAUGGACAUGGAUAUGGGUACGGCCACUCUAGACAUGGAGCACAUGGCAAUGGGCAUUCAGAAGACCACGCUGAGUCCCACAAUGAGACGGAUGUGGAUUAUUACAUGGGUGCUGCCAGUGCUGGACCCGUUUAUAACUGUGUAAUGGUUUUUGGAGCUGUGAUGUCAUUGUUACUGGGGCACUUUCUGCCAUAGGGGCGCUUUGCCGCAGGUCUAUAGACUUGAUAACAUUCUUGGAAAAUUACUUGGCAAAAUGAUCUAAAUGUGAGAGAUUUUAUAACUCAUAAAGUAUAAUCACUGCAUCUUUAGGUUUCAUGUUAGGUUUCAUGCUGAAUUGAAAGCACAACAGAGUUAAAUUUGUUCAUUUGUUUGACAGGCAUGUUGAACAACUGGACUCUUACGAUGUGACCAAUGUUUCUUUUUUGUUGUUGUUGCUCUGAAUCAACUUAUGAUGAGCACAUGCCUAACUCAUACGUCUGUAUAUUUGUAGCAUCAGUUUUUUAAUGAAUGUUAAUUUUUCAUAACAAUGUACUUCACCUGAAUGAUGAAUUUUGUAUCAUUUAAAAUAUCAAUUGUAGGCAGUUCAUUACCUGAAGAGAUUUUUUUAUAGAGCGUCUUAUAGUAUAUUCAUUUAAUUUUCCUUUAUAUUUAAGCAAAUGUUGUGGUAUGAUUGGGUAACACUUUACAAUAAGGUUGUAUUUAUUAACAUUAGUUGAUCCAUUGGCAACUAACAUGAACAUGAACUAACAAUGAAUAAUACUUCAACAACAUUCAUUAAUUCAGUAGUUUCAGCAUUUACUAAUACAUCAAUAAAAACCAAAAUGUAAUGCAGUGAUCUAACAUAAUUGCAUUGACAUUAAUUAACAAAUAUUAAUACAUGCUGAAAAACUAUAUAAAACAAAUUCAACCUUACUGUCAAGUGGUACUGAUUGUUUUCUUCCGAGUCAUUUCACCUUCUCAAUGUUUUAAUCUGUCUUCUUUCCUGCCGUUUACGCAAGCGAACAUUCAAAAUAAAACAAGGCUUAUGGUAAAAUCACAUUAAACUAUUAGAGGAGCUGAGACCAAAUCUUGUUAAAGAACUCGGGCGCUGUCUACCCCUGAGCUCUUAACCAUCACAUUAUAUUCUUAAACCAACAAGAGUUCUGCUUCUGUUUGUACCGCCACUUUAGAUCUGUUUAUCAGUAUGUAUGUAUGUUUAUUUUUGUACUGCUAAAAUAAUAAAAUGUAAUUAUGAAAAUACUUGACGUUGUGCAGUUUGUGUAAGCAACAGAUACAUUUAUACUGUAAUAUUACAGUAAAAACAGCCUCCACGCUCUUUAAAAUAAAGGUGCUGAAAAGGUUUUUUACAGCGACGC